AUGGAGGAGGCGUUAGAGGACGUAUCCCUAACGAAAAUCCCUCCUCUGAGUCAUCCUUUAGACGAUACGUGGGAGACGGUGGAGGGAAACUGGGUGAUGGCCAACGUUUCCACUCUUAGCCAUUUAGGCUCAGACAUUCCAUUUCUGCCGUCUGCUCGCUUAGACGAAACGACCAUGUACCUGACUCUGAUCGACUGGAAUACCAUCAAGACGCGACUACACAUUGCACACUUAUUCACUUUUAUGGAAGGCAGUAGGCACUUGGCACAUCCAUGUAUGCAGAUAAUACCUGGGAAGGCAGUGAGGGUCGAGCCAUUGUCUGAAGGAGGAUAUUUCGCCAUUGAUGAGACCCAAUGUGCGAUCUGGGUCAUCUUUUCCAGGGUCGAUACGGAAUUGCCACCGAAAUAUUCGAAG